AAACAUCAGAGAAUCCACACAGGGGAGAGGCCCUAUGAAUGCUGUGAGUGUGGGAAAAGCUUUAUUACCAGCUCAGACCUUUCUAAACAUCAGAUAAUCCACACAGAGAAGAGACCCUAUGAAUGCAGUGAGUGUGGGAAAACCUUCACUAGCAGCUCAAACCUUUCUAAACAUCAGAGAAUCCACACAGGGAACAGGCCCUAUGAAUGCAGUGAGUGUGGGAAAACCUUCAAUUGCAGCUCAAACCUUCUUACUCAUCAGAAAAUCCACACAGGGGAGAGGCCCUAUGAAUGCAGUGACUGUGGAAAAAGCUUCAUUCAAAGAUCAGCCCUUUCUAAACAUCAGCGAAUCCACACAGGUGAGAGGCCCUAUGAAUGCAGUGACUGUGGAAAAAGCUUCAUUCAAAGAUCAGCCCUUUCUAAACAUCAGCGAAUCCACACACAGGAGAGGCCCUAUGAAUGCGGUGAGUGUGGGAAAACCUUCUCUUGCAACUCAGCCCUUUCUCAACAUCAGAGAAUUCACACAGGGGAGAGGCCCUAUGAAUGCAGUGAGUGCGGGAAAACCUUCAGUCGCAGUUCACACCUUAUUACGCAUCAGAGAAUCCACACAGAGGAGAGGCCCUAUGAAUGCAGUGAGUGUGGAAAAUGCUUCACUAGCAGCUCAGGCCUUUAUCAACAUCAGAGAAUCCACACAGGGGAGAGGCCCUAUGAAUGCAGUGAAUGUGGGGGAAAAUUCAAUCGCAGCUCAGUCCUUAUUAGACAUCAGAGACUCCACACAGGGAAGAGGCCCUAUGAAUGCAGUGAGUGUGGGAAAAGCUUCACUAGCAGCUCAAACCUUCUUACCCAUCAGAGAAUCCACACAGGGGAGAGGCCCUAUGAAUGCAGUGAGUGUGGAAAAUGCUUCACUGACAGCUCAGCCCUUUCUCAACAUCAGAUAAUCCACAGAGGGGAGAGGCCCUAUGAAUGCAGUGAGUGUGGGAAAACCUUCAGUCGCAGUUCACACCUUAUUAGGCAUCAGAGAAUCCACACAGGGAAGAGGCCCUAUGAAUGCCGUGAGUGUGGGAAAAGCUUCACUAGCAGCUCAAACCUUCUUGCCCAUCAGAGAAUCCACACAGGGGAGAGGCCCUAUGAAUGCAGUGAGUGUGGAAAAUGCUUCACUAGCAGCUCAGGCCUUUAUCAACAUCAGAGAAUCCACACAGGGGAGAGGCCCUAUGAAUGCAGUGAGUGUGGAAAAUGCUUCACUAGCAGCUCAGGCCUUUAUCAACAUCAGAGAAUCCACACAGGGGAGAGGCCCUAUGAAUGCAGUGAGUGUGAAAAAUGCUUCACUGACAGCUCAGCCCUUUCUCAACAUCAGAGAAUCCACACAGGGGAGAGGCCCUAUGAAUGCUGUGAAUGUGGGGGAAAAUUCAAUCGCAGCUCAGACCUUAUUAGACAUCAGAGAAUCCACACAGGGAAGAGGCCCUAUGAAUGCAGCGAGUGUGGGAAAACCUUCAAUCGCAGCUCAAACCUUCUUACCCAUCAGAGAAUCCACACAGGGGAGAGGCCCUAUGAAUGCAGUGAGUGUGGAAAAUGCUUCACUGACAGCUCAGUCCUUUCUAAACAUCAGAGAAUCCACACAGGGGAAAGGCCCUAUGAAUGCAGUGAGUGUGGGAAAACCUUCAGUCGCAGUUCACACCUUAUUAGGCAUCAGAGAAUCCACAAAGGGAAGAGGCCCUAUGAAUGCAGUGAGUGUGGGAAAAACUUCACUAGCAGCUCAAGCCUUUCUAAACAUCAGAGAAUCCACACCGGUGGGAGACCUUAUAAAUGCAGUGAGUGCAGGAAA